UAAUCAAAAUUUUCACCAAAAAUUAUUAUUUAAAUAUUUAAAUUAAUAAAAUUUUUAUGCUAAAUCCAUCAUGGUUCGAAUGAAUGUUUUGGCUGAUGCCUUAAAAUCGAUAAAUAAUGCAGAAAAACGUGGUAAACGACAAGUACUAAUUCGACCAUCAUCCAAAGUGAUUGUCAAAUUUUUAAACGUUAUGGUUAAACAUGGAUAUAUUGGUGAAUUUGAAAUUGUUGAUGAUCAUCGUGCGGGUAAAAUUGUCGUCAAUCUAACCGGACGAUUGAAUAAAUGUGGUGUAAUUAGUCCAAGAUUCGAUGUACAGAUGAAAGAUUUAGAAGCAUAUACGCGUAAUCUAUUGCCAUCACGUCAAUUCGGUUAUUUAGUGUUGACUACAUCGGGUGGUAUUAUGGAUCAUGAAGAAGCGCGUCGUAAACAUCUUGGUGGUAAAAUUCUAGGCUUCUUUUUCUAACAAAAGCAAAAAGCAUUGA